AUGUCCCCUAACCUUCCGAAGGGCGAGGAUGACCUCGUUCGCCCGCGCCUUCUUUCUCUGGACGGUGGUGGCGUGAAGGGCCUUUCAGCUCUACUCAUCCUGGGUAGACUGAUGCAGAAGAUAGACCCGGAAAAUCCACCAAAGCCAUGCGAAGUCUUUGACAUGAUAGGUGGUACAAGCACUGGAGGACUUAUUGCUAUCAUGCUUGGCAGUCUGGAAAUGUCCGUGGAUGAAUGCAUUAAAGCAUACAAAAACAUGACUCACCGGAUCUUCCAGCGGAGCCUUAGAGGCUAUUUCCUCAGCAUACCUUAUGUUGGCCAGAUCGUCUGCAUGCUUACGGGUUGGUCGAUAUAUGAUAGUCAAGUGCUGGAAGAUGCAGUUAAAGACAUCAUUGAGGCAUGCGGGUUAGCACGGAACUCACCUUUGAAAAGAUUGGAUGAUCAUGCAUGCAAAGUGUUCGUUUGCGCCACAAAGCAUCUAGACAACAGCCGAGUUCAACUUUGUAGCUACCCCGACCCAAGGGGUGGCGAUCAAGCCAAAGGUGUGAAAAUUUGGGAAGCCGCUAGAGCAACAUCCGCCGCGCCUACCUACUUUGACCCAAUCACAAUUGGCCCUUACUCAACCUCUUUCGUAGAUGGAGGUCUCAAGUCCAACAACCCAGUUUAUCAGACCCUAAAGUGUGCGGAAAAUCUUUGGGAGAUGAAGGAAGGCGAAAGGAUCGAUGAGCAAAUUCAAAGUCUUGUAUCCGUUGGAACUGGUGCUGGAAAGCCCUUUGGGGCUUCAGUGCCGGAGUUGGUCGAGAAUGGUACGGCCAUUCUGACACAGACAGAAGAUACUGCGAAGAUGUUCUCUUCGGGUCAUAGGCGACUGGUCGAGUCGAAAAGAUACUUUCGAUUUACUGUCCCUCUCGGCAUUGGAAUCAUCGACCUCGCAGAUACGUCAAAGUUCGCCGAGAUCUCCGCCAAUACCAUCACAUACAUGGACGGAAACACACAGCUAGAUGAAUGCGCCCAGACUCUGAAGAGGAAAUACCGUCCAGGAAAGUCCGCUAGUAUCCGCCGUCCCUCAUUUUGUUUCGCUACAACUGAACCCCCGAAACGCCAAUUCAGUUGUGGUUGGGUCUUUUUCAUGGUACUUGCAAUCUUUGCCAUGGUUUGUGUCAUUGAGACCCCGCGGAUCGACAACGAUGCUCCUAUCAUCGCCAUUAUGGGGCAAACCGGUGCUGGCAAAAGCACUUUUAUCAACUCCCUUGGGGGGCGGCAUAUUCAGACCGGUCGAGUACCUACAAUCGGCCAUGGUCUCGAGUCCGAAACCUCCAAAGUCUCCUGGUACCGAGCUUUAGCCAAUGGAAGAACUGUGUAUAUUAUCGAUUCACCUGGCUUCGACGACGACAACCAUUCAGAUAGGCACAUUCUGCACCAAGUGUCAAAGGAUCUCGAAGCAAACUACAAGAACGGAAAACUACUCAAUGGUAUCGUGUUUCUUCAUGACAUCACCCAGACCCGCAUUGGAGGGAAGGGCCAAACGCAAUUGAAAUAUCUAAAGUUAUUCCUUGGAAACGAGGCUUAUAGCCAUUGCGCCCUAGUUGCAAAUCAAUGGGAGCUGGAUUCAUCAACCGUUCAGAAGCAGCAGACAAGUCGACUGGAAGCGCUGAAGGGGAAGCAUUGGAAAGACAUGAUCGACGGGGGCUCAAGCGUCUUCAGCCACGACGACAGCUAUACAUCCGCAUCGCGGAUAGUUGCUUAUCUGGUCGAUAAACCCAGGAUUGUUCUUCAUCAUCAGUAUGAACUCCUGGAUGAAAAACGGAACUUUUGGCAGACCUUGGUUGGGAAGGAAGCCCAGGACGAUCUAAAGCUGGACGAUCUAGACCUUAGAGACCCCACGAUCACUGAGAUGUUAAACUAUCGAGGCCUGGGAAUAUGGAAUAUAGUGGAAGGAUAUUGGUGGCAGGUACAGGUUGCUAAAUGGCAUAUCCGCGACUACUUCAGCGAUCUGGUACAGGGUGCUAUAUGGCGCAUCCGCGAGUACUUCAGCGCUAGCCAAUAA